AUGAAGACUGAAGAGUCGAAGUUAAAAGCAUCCUUUACCAAGGAUAUAUCUGCUAAUUCAGGGACAACAUCGUCUAAUUGCACCGUAAAAAAAGUUCCUUUACUUGUUCACAGCAGCGGUCUAAAUACGCCGAACAGAUCUUAUGUUUAUCAGCCUAAGGUUCCUAAACCAGAGGCCGAACAAUCCAGUUGUACAAGUCUGAAAAAUCCCUGGAUUGUUAGGAGUGCUGUAGCGUUUGUUGUGGUCAUCGUCAUUGUAAUAUUCGCAUCUCUGCAAGGAAAAACUAGCACUGAUUUGGAAAACGCAAAGUCCAGAGUCCAAAAGCUUGAAUCCAUGGUCGAAUCUCUACGAGAAAAUAUUCUGAUUCUGGAGAUGAGGUAAGAAUUGUCUUGAGUUGUUUGGAGGACAGUGGCGUUUGUGAACUCGAAAACAGAUAUAAAUUUUGAAAUUAUGUUUGAGCUUGUAAAAGUUCCUGUUUCAAGACUUCCGCAGUGUUUGUGGCAGAUGACAGCUCAAUAUCUAGCCUACCGUGUAUGGAUGCGUUUGAUCAUUUUGGUUACAUGUUUUAAUAGGCAGAAAUGGGAUUUCUUGCAUGUAAUUUACUGCAAUAAAAAGCGUUUAUCGGAGAAUGUUCUUCUUCGCAGUGGGUGUUCUAGACAUUAACAUAGCACUGCGGUCAAACUUUGCCACUACAAUAUUACUUCUGUUUUGUUAUCAGCGCAAUGGUUAGACUAGGGCAGUAGUUCAACCUUACUCGCACAUUUCAACUCACUUGAGCAAUUUUUUUCAGAACGAACCUUGAGAAAUGAGCGUAAAGAAGUUUAAUUCUUCUGGCGAGAAUUUGUGGUUGUUUGAAAACUAUACGAUCUUCCCCUACACAAAGCAAUCAUUUCAUUCAGCAGUCGUUUUGAUUGAUUCUCAGCGGGGUUUUGAGCAAUUUUCUGAGUUAACAGGGUUCCAGUGACACACAGCGGAAGGUUAUGUCCAUUAACCACCAUGUUUUAGAUUCAGGGCGCUUAGUCACGUUCUUGUAAGGCGCAAUAGCCGAGUACCAUGUGGUUGUCAUUUCACCUCGCUACCUGUUCAUUAAUGAAAUUUUUAUGACUUCAUCAGCGGUUUUGUGUGACUCUGUUUACAAGUCUAAUUGCAAAGUGACAGCUUUUAAAAUUCGAAGUUGACAGUAUUUUAGCUCACAAGACGCCAUAGCGAUUUCGUGAAUUUUUGCUUAAUUCUUCUCCGAAGAAAAAAAAUAACAAAACGGAUUUAUUUUUCUCGAAAGAAAGGGAAAAAAACACCAAAAGUCUUUAGGGUUAUUAAUGAGUUUUUUCAUUAUUCGAAAACCUAUUAUUUUCAAUUAAACCUUUUAGCUGGUCGUAAAAUGACCGACAUUUUUAUUCGGUCAGAAUAGAAAUAGAAAUCCUGAUGGAAAUGCGCAGCAAUUAAUUACUACGUCCCAUUGUGUUAGGAGAUUAUUUGUAACACUUAGUCCAUUGAGCAAAUAGAAUGUUCUCGGACAGGUGUUUUACAAUCCGUAACUUCAAAAUCCCUUUAAGGCUUAUGAAUAACUAAUCUAUUGUGAUAGCCGAAAUUUGAAAAACGAGUGGGCAGUAUUUCUUAUCGUUUAAAAUGCUACCAAAUGGUCUUAGGUGUGAAAUUGGAGCAGUUGUGGUGAUAAUCUGAAGACCACCUUAGUUUGGGAACAGAUUAAUUUGCAUUUUUUUUUAUUCAAGUGGAAUUUUAACGACUGCGUGAGCAGCGAGCCACCACUUAUUCGCUCUUAAUGUAAGAAUGGUGUAGUUCUUGUAUAGGACUUUUUUGUGUAUCGUUUCCUUUUAGAAUUUUGGAUUACAUCCCCCCUAGGGAAAGAGGCCAGUAAUUUGCGAGAACGUUUUUUUCUAGUUUUUUUUCCAAGGAAAAUUGAAUUCUUAAAAACGCGUGUUACAUAGAAAAAUUACCGUCAGGUUUAGAGAGACCCACUGUGUUAAUCGCUUACUCGUAUUUGUCACGUAUAUUUCUUAUUAUUUAGCUGCCAUUUUGUCAAUUUGGUUUUGAAAAUAACCCUUCCACGAGUUUUUUUUCUUUUCACUAGAUUGCCGUUGUUUAGUCUUUAGUUUCAUGAAAACUUUUUUCAGGAUAUUAAUAUAAUUUUACUAUAUUAAGUUUUUUUGCAAGACAAAAUAAUAGAGAGUUUUUGUCUGGAGUCUCUUCCGAUGAAUCUGUCUGAUUGUUGCUCUUCAUGUAAACAUUUUCAGUCAAGUCUCUUGCAGCUUUUCAUAUUAUUAUUAAGAAUAUGAUCCAGUUUAGCGAACAAACAACGGAGCAAAGGGAAAACAUUUUCAACAAAAUUGAAGCUCUUUGUAAAGGAAUUAAAGACUGUUGUAAGCGGAAGACUCCUAAACGACCGCCUUCAAAUAAUCCCGUAAAUUUUCUAUAUUACUUGCAAAUUCUUCGCACAGUUGCAGGGCGUGAAAUUGCGCCUAAUACAGGCGCCAAUACGACUAAAUUUUUCACUUUGGUGACCAAAUCCUGAAAAUUAGUCGCCAAAUUGGCGACUAAAAUGCUUCAUCAGGACCUUCCCUGGAGAUAUAGUGAAUUAAAAGAUACAUCCGCGGCAAACUUCCUGGUUAAGUUUGUUUCAAAAACGCCGCACAUGCAUCUCGGUCGAUAACUACACGCCUUGAACGUUGUAUAUCGUCCAUCCUACUGUCCACUUUGCAGCAUGUUAAAGAUCUUUUUCCUAACUUAAUUUUGGAGGGUCUUUCUAGAAAGCUGACAGCGUAAAAAAAGGUUUCAUUUAUCUUUAAAAAUGGCGACCAACUUUUUUCGAAUUGACUACCACUUUGAAAAAUUUGGGAACCAAGUGGCUAUCAGAAAAAAACUUAAUUUCACACCCUGGGGUUGUUGUCUUCUUGCGUGGGCCUUAAUGCACUUAGAUUCUCUACAUCAAAUUGUAUCCAGAUGUUUCUGGCAAUACAAGAGAAAAAUGCUUUAAUAGAUUGUAACGACAAUUCAAUUACACCAGUUUUCCACAAGUUAAGAAAAAUCUAUGUGCUAAAAGCUAAAUUUACUGCAAAAUAUUCCAAAUUUCAAAAUAUGUAAAUACAGUUGAUCAUUCUCUCCUUGUGCAGAACAGGGCCACGAAGGAAAAUAUAUUCACAUAAAGUACACGUGAAUGCCUGCAGGGAGUGAAUAUAUUCGAUUUAUCCUUCUCAAAUUUCCGUGACUUUUGAAUGCACAAUUUUAGUUUCAUUGUAGCUUUUCGCAAACCAAAAGGAGCAUUCUGAGUAUUUUCACUUUUUUCAUUAAGCCUCUGGCUGAAUUUUUGACUGAUUAUUGAACCAACUAUUGACCGAGAUUGUUCAGUUCAUAAAAUGUCUAAUAUCCAGUCCAGUCAUUGUCAUCUCAAGCGUUUUUCUACAGGGCUCUUGCCAACUGUCACAAUUGAAUAAAAAACUUCGUAUUUUAACUUUUCUUGCAGCUCAACUACAAAGACAUUUCUUUACUUAGAUUUUACUUUAAGGAACUUAUAGCUCAAGAUCUAGCUAACUCUGACCACAAACUAGUUUGAUGCCUUCCUUUUCAGCUUUUUUAGGAUGGCAAAACGGACUCAUAUUCCUUUACAACCUAACAUCAGUGUGCAUAUUCUCCAUACUGUUCUCUAUACAUUUCCUAAGGUGCUGAAAAGGAGAAUUUAUUUCACAGUCAAGAGCUCCAAUAGUUGGUGGUCAUUUCCUUUAUUCUCCUGACCCCUGACUUAAUGUGUGACUCAGCGGUGUCUAUCUCAGCUAUUCACUUUCAGGGGUGAAAAGUUUAAGGGAUAUCAGAUAACCUCCAGUCAUUGCCUAGCGACCCAAGUAUUCUUUUUUUAAGCUAUGUCAAUUCUCCAGUAAACACAAACUUUUUUUACGACGCUUUAUAACUUUCUUCUGAAAUUCUUUUUAGACUACAAUGCGCUACGUCAGAUAACAAUACUGACGAAAGAGGAAGGCCAUGUCCUUCAAGGACAGGAGGUAAGAUAAGUCUUAGAGAUGUUUCAUUCACUGAUUAUAGUAAUUUCAUUCAGAAAAUUUCACUCAAAACCAAUUUAAUAGGCUUAAAUCCAAUACGAAAAUUAUAUUUUCGAAAGAGCAGUUUGCUGUUGUUGCUGAAGAAGAGACAAGUAUUUUUUUUUAUAUAUUAAUUUUUUUUGUUUAGUCGGAAUAGAAAAAAAUGAUAUUUCAAGUGCUAUGCAAAUCAAUUGUAGGAUAAUAAAUAAUAAACACAAAACCCUCCAUAAACGCGGAUAUGCAUUUGUCUUUGGCCGUUAUACUCACACCUUUCUGCGAACGUCUCUCUAAGAAAACUUCGCAGUUCAGAAUUUGACAAGGAGAGAUAGCCAAGCAUAAAUUGCGCCAAAUUGAGGAUGGUGAUCAAGGUUUCGCGGUGUGGACUUACUAUUGAAUUUAAGAUACCACACCCAACAGUCACACUGACCCCCCCCCUUCUCCACUCCCACCCUCACCCCCUGCCCUUAGAUCAGGCGUAUAAAUGGGUGCUGCGUUAAGUAACUUGGUGGGAAGACACGCCAAAAUGCUUGGGGUAACCUUACGAGGAACAAGUAUCCCAUCCACGAUUUAGGUGGAUUUAAAAUUGCUCUGGUCGCUUUGUGGCAACCAUAAGCCACGUAAGUGAUUGACAGUAAGUAAAGAUUGCUCCUCCUAUUUUGUUUUCAAACAGGCAGAACAGGUCUUUUAAAGAAUAAGCGAAAAGGAGAUAGAACUACUUCAACAAGUAAGCCUUCCACCAAACCGACACUUGAUAGAAAGUCUAGCCAAGGUAUGGAAAACCUCAACGCUCAAAUGGCGUUGAGCCAAAAAGGCUCAAAGCAAAAACGGACAACCAUCUAUACUCACUGGGGAAAGUCAAAAUGCGAUGACGGAUCAGAUAUAUACACUGUGUAUUCAGGUCAGUUAACGGCUCUUCUGUUUGCUUUAUUCACCGAACCAGAUUUAAAUCCCCAUCGUCCCCAAUUUCAAGCCUCUUACUUCCACAAAUGAUAGAUGGCUACCUUUUCUUUAACACAUCAAUGCUUUGUCCGGAAAACAGGAGAUCAGAACAGAAUAGCUUUUUAGCUUAAGGUUUUUUUUUCUUACCGAAAAAUAAUCAGUUGUGGUCAUCUUACUCAAACACUUGAUUUGAUUGAUAAUGAUCGACAUGAACAGUUCACACCCAAACAUCAUUAUGCAUAUUCUCCAUACUGUUCAACAUACAUUUCCUAAGGUGCUGACAAGGAGAAUUUGCUAAGAAAUUAAGAGCUUCUUCUGGUGGUAAUCAUCUCCUUUAUUCUUGUUUCGGAGUCCUACUGUAUGGAGAAAUUAGAUCCUGGUCACUCUGAGUGGUCAAAGAACAUUUUUUCUGUCCAUUUUUCGUUAAAGAUGCUACCCAUAAAUUCUUCAUCUACAACACGUCAGUAUUAAAAACAAAAUUGUGACAAUGUCAGAUUUUAUGAUGUUUUUUCAUGAAUUUGGAUGUGCAGACGUUUUCUUUGUGCCGGAUUCCACAUCUAAAAACAAGGUUCAGGUUAUAAUCCUUUGUGUCUGUUUUUUUGCAUACAAGAUAGUAACCGCACACAUCAGGCUUCGGCUUGUCCACUCUGAAAAAAAAAAGUGUCGUCUGAUUUUUUUUCUAGUUAUGGUCUUUUCCUAUGCCCCAGUCCGUCUUCAAGACCAGGUACCGAGAUAAAGUAUUAACAUUUAUUGAAAUGUUUUAUCGUAUAGGAAGAGUGGCUACCUUGCAUUCACAAACCAAUCCUGCCGUUGGUUCAGAAUAUAUGUGUGUACCUGACAGCUUUGAAUAUACUGAUACAAGACACAUGACAAGUGGACUUUACUUAUCACCCGUUCGAUUCGGCACGAAUAUGAGCGUUUUCAGACCGUUUAAUGAGGAAAAUUGCAAUCAGUAUCCAAGUAAAUGCGAGUUUUUCAGGGAAAUCAAUCCAAGUUACUUCAGAGAACUCCAAAUGUUCCAGGUCCCUUGCGCAGUGUGCAGGCACGAAAAACGUUCAGCCACACUCGUCACUCCGGGACGCAAUACGUGUUACCCACUCUGGUUUAAAAUGUAUCACGGAGUUUUAAUGACAAAACAGGGUGGAAUUGCAAGAUCGGAGCACAUCUGUGUCGAUUACGACGCGGUUGGUAUACCUGGUACCAAUACCACUGAUACAAACGGCCCGUUCAUACAGUUUGUUGCGUACAAGUGCAAUAAAUCUUACUGUCCUCAGAACACGGACAUUCCGAAAGCGUUGACAUGCGUUGUGUGCACAAUCUAAACAUGACAUAAUUAGUGGUUCAGAUACGUAACACUUAGAAUCUCGGCUUCGUUUGGAAAUUUUCAACGCCAUCGCCCUUAGUGCAACAACAACAAAAGACAAAUCGUAAGGAGGUCAUUGGCGAAAGGAGUUAGCAUGGCUUGGAAAAGAGUACAUGAACAGAUGUUGUCUUGGCAUCCGGACAUUAAGAUGCAAUUUUCGACCCCAAAAAACCUCCUGUGAGUUUGAAAAACAAAGCUCAAGAAGGGCAAAGAAGUAUAUAUUCAUUUAGCCACAGCCGUGAGCGUAUAGUUAAGUAACUUAUAACUAUACUUAGAAAUUCCUAUGAUCAACAAUUCGAUUAUGCGCCCGGGUUUUUUAUCGCGUGAUAAUUGGCGCAGGCAUUGCCGGAAAUAAUAUCCUUGCAUAGUAAUCAAGACCAAAUAACAUAGUUGUUUCAUUAUAAAUCUACCAGUCGUUCAAACCUUGUCAAAAAAUGGCUUAUGUUUAAAUUUUUAUUUACAACUGCACUCUGUUAGGCCACGCACUUAACCCGCUAUCUAUCACGGAUUAGAUAGCGAGCGGCUAAGCUAAUCAAAUUGCAGUAUUUGUAACAGAACGCUGGUAUAUGUAUACUACUUUUGAUUUGAAAUGGAAUGAUAGCCGACACAAGGAGAAACACAUUACAUGAUUUAACUACUAAAUAUUUAAACGACUACAUCCUGUUCAGGACUCGUCAUCCAACAUUCACAUAGCCAGCGGUAAUAGGACUGCGUGGAGUCCAAUUCUGUCUGUAAUCAUACUAGCGAUUGACAAAAUCGGAUGAUCGCGAAGCGGGAGUUCGAUUUGUUAAUCAUUAGUAUGAUUACAGACAGAACUCGACGACGCGAAUUCCUGAUACCAAUUAAUCAUAACUAUCACAAAAUUUAAGAAAGAAACUAGACAUCGGUUACACGUUUUCAUAAAAAGACAACGUUAACUCGGCGAAAUGGGCCACAACAACGCGCGUACAGAACGCGUACUGUCCAUUUACACAGGCAUGACGUGUCCCCUAUCCUAUUACGUUGUCCAAUUACAAGCAUGACGCGUACACUGUCCUUUUAUUGCUCAAAUCGGGCUGGUGAUAACCAAUCGCGUUCGAGAAUUUUGUUAUAGUUUUGAUUAAGUAAGCAAUUAUACAAGAGAGCUUUCUUUGACUCAUUAUUGAGCACCGGUGGAACCCCGAUAUUUCAGAAAGUUUAGACACCCCGGUAUGGCGAACGGUGUCAGUGAAAUAUGAGGAAAAGAAUCAAGUUUCCCUGGAACAAACUAGGAAGGGAGAUUCAGAUUCUUUGUUCCUCAGGAGCUAGGAUAGGAGGAUGAUAAUACGCUUUGCAUGAGAUCAUGACUACUGCAGGAAACUUCUUGCAAUCGGUACAACGAAUUACAGAAAGCUACUCCAUAAAAUGACAUUCAAUUUGGUUACGGGAGCACAUUUUCAGUCGGGACAAAGUGCGCAUCCCCUGAAAUUGAGGUGUGAAUGCAAUCCACAAUUAUCACAAGAUCCCACUGAAUUAUUUCAUUUACUUACUUUUUCCCUCGGACGGAGGAUUUAGAUGGUUCAUUUUUGACAUAAAUAGCAGUUUAAUUAUUGGAGAGCUUUCCUUGAAAUAUAUUAAUUCAUUCAAAUACAGCUCAUUCUUUUCUGGAUGCCAAUUCAUAACUUCUACAAUUUCCAAGCCUCUUUUUUUAGAUGUUUAAAAUCCUCUUAGACGUGUAUGUGUCAAUAAAUAUUAAGACUCAGGCUUGUAUAAACUGAAAAUUUUGGAUCAC